GUCUUUGUCGUUGACCGUAUGUCACGCUCUGCCUCGGUUCCCUCAAGUCAGCUUUCUGAAGAUUUGAUAAACUCUUUUCUACUCGUGCUUCCUCGUCUGACAACUCGCCACUGCGGAGGUGUUCUGGCCUGCCUGCUUGUGCGUAUAUCUUGCCAGAGCCCUCUGCCUACUCCUCGUGUCCAGGCGCUUCGCUCUCCAUCUGCACGAGCUCUCACUGUGCUUUUCGUACCUGCACACUCACCAGUUGUAAACCUGCCAUAGUUUGUAGAGCCAGUUCUUCUGGAAGCUGCAACUCGCGGGGCACUCCUGGUUCAUCACGAAUAUCUCACACCCUCGUAAGGAUCUCGUUGGCUUCAGAGUGAGAAAUCGGCAUUUGUGAAGCUGUCGGAACGCCGCUUUGAAGGCCGCCGUAAGUUCUACUCCCCAACAAAUCUCUCACUAUUUCAAUUCUUCAACAGGUGAGACCAUUCGCCAAUCUUCAUUCCUGUGCCUCCGGUGCAAUGCUCAGCUCGGAACUAGCACAUGCCAAGGCCCUUGAAUGAAAGUGCAGUGCAGCAGACUUCCGCUGAGGAGACGGGGAUUUGUACAAAGUGGGAGCAGCUUUGAAAUAGUGGACGAUUGCAGCGAUCUUAUCACUUCCGAAUCUCACCUGGAUUUGAUAGCUAGAGCGAGAACUGGGCAAAAUUCGGAUCCUCCUCGUCCACUAUGAAACUCAUGCCGUAGAUACUUACCCCGUGCCAGACGAAGGAAUUCGUCCUCGAUCGCGCUCAGUCGGCAACAUCCGUCUUGCUCAUUAGCCAAUUGAGACCAAGAGGGCGGCCGAGGGAGGUCUGCUCUGUCUGUUGUCAGACCCUGUUGCCUUGCCCGAGUCAAGGCUCCCGCACGUAACAGACGUCUCUGAACGGAAGAGCAGGAUCUGGGUGACGAAUGCUAUUCUGAGGACCCUUUCUUGUCACGCACGAAAUUGUAGAGGGGUAAGGAGUAGUCUCCUACUUCAGGGCGGUGACAGUAGCAUCGACUUUGCGCAGUAUCCUGGAAAUCGAUGGUACUACGAUGGUGGCUUUACUCAGUUGUCAGUAUGGUGGAGCUCUUUGUGAGUACACUCGUGCACAUGACGUACGGUCUCUGGAUUUUUGCGUCUGCGAUUGUCCUGGAUCUAGCUGGGUUCAUCUCCGAAGAACAUCGAAAGAGUUCAAGCAAAGUCAUGCCGUUCCUGUCUUCCGCAUUAUCUCCCAUGAGCGGAAGUUUGGUUGAUUUGGCUGAAGAUGAUCCCGAACGUCAUAUGCUGCACACUGCUGCCACAGCUUUUAUGGACUCAGACGUGAAGACUCCAAUCGUUAUGCUUCACGGAAUAUUUGGGUUUGGAAAAGGGAAAUUGGGAAAGCUCUCGUACUGGGGUGGUGCGGAACAAAAAGACGACCGAGUUCUGGUUCCGGACCUUGGGUCGCUUACAAGCAUUCAUGACAGGGCGUGUGCGCUGUUCUACUACCUAAAGGGUGGGACUGUCCACUACGGUGAUGCUCAUGGGAAGGAGUUCGGGCAUGCACCCAUUGGCCGAACAUAUUAUGAAGGACACUACCCCGAGUGGGAUGAGCAUCACCCUGUUCAUUUCGUUGGCCACUCAACUGGUGUUCAGGUUGCACGGUUGUUACAGCAAUUGUUAGCAGAGAAGAAAUUUCCUGGCCACGAGAAUACCAACGAAAAUUGGGUGAUUAGUAUAACUUCUCUGUCGGGUGCUCUAAACGGGACUACUCGAGUUCACAUGGAUGGCAUCAGCGAGGAUGGUCGCACCUUGCGGUCAGUAUGCUUGUUACAGAUACUGCGGAUAGCUGUUCUCAUCUACGAAUGGAUCGACUUUGGACUUUUUAAUAAAUAUUACGGAUUUGGGUUCGAACAUUAUAAUCUAAGUUGGCGCAAGGCCGGGCUGAUGGGGCUCAUCAGUACGUUAUCUGGUCAAACAGGACCGUUUGCACAUUCAGACUGGAUUCUGCCUGAUUUAAGCAUUCAUUCCGCAAUCGAGUUCAACAAGCGAGUCAAGACUUUUCCUAACACUUAUUACUUCAGUUAUGGAGCCAAGAUCACGCGCAAGACGUUUGGGUUCACUCUGCCAUUUUCAUUAUUCAGAGUUCACCCUCUUCUCCUCAUUCGGUCUAUACAAAUGUGCCUCUUCCGUUUCUCGACUCCUCCUUAUGAAGGCUACAGAGACGAAGACUGGAAGGAUAAUGACGGUGCUUUGAAUACGAAGUCUCAAUUGUUUCCUUGUAUACCCACACCUCACCCUCAUCAAGAGAUGGAAAGCGACGAGCUGCAGGUUGGCCAGACAUUUCAGCCUGGAAUCUGGUAUUACAGAGUCAUCGAAGGAGACCAUAUCCAUUUUAUCAUAAACAAAGAUAGAGCAGGGGUCCAGUUCGAUAUGUUGUACGAUAAUAUCUUCCGUCGGUGUCGAAAGCACUAUCAAAGACCGUCAGUAUUGAAGAUAAUAGGAACAGCUUGCCAAUGUGUUGGUGAUUGUAUAUGCAACCACUGUGGCAAGCAGUAAAGUUGCUCACAGUAGAAAAGUUUGUGGUUUGUGUUGUACUUACUGAUGAAGCCCAAUCAUUGUUAUGCCGAUGGUUGGGCAUGGGAUUGAGCAGCGACGCAGCUUUUAAAGAGAGCUGCCUGUCAACGUUGUCACUGAUGAUCUCGUUUCCUUUAUUUUAUCCGUGAAACCAGAUCAUAGCCUGAUACUCUAGCCCCUACCCAAAGCAAGCAUGUCAGCUCGAAACUCACAGAUCAAAUAGGGAAUCUGUGGAAAGGCCGCAGCGUUUUGUCUCGAUGACUAUCAGGUUAGAGUAUGACCAACUCGACGACAAAGUUAUCUUCCGAUGAUUAUCAUGUUCCGACUUGAGGUCAUGUCAAGUUCUUCUUGGCUGAAUCACGUCCUGUACUGAAAAAGAGCAGAGUUGUUAUCCAUAGUAGAACAGUGUACUUACAGUUAGUAGCGCAGACAUUCAGCCUAAAGUUGAACUCGCCGGCGUAUUGUUUCAUUCAUCCAUUCAUUGUACGUCAAAGGAAAGGAUCGAUCAUGCGAUCUCCGCACCCAACCCUUUAUCCGGGGUCUUAUAAAGCUUACCCAGUUUGUUAUACAUGUUU